GGCUGCGUGAGGUCAGGGGUGCCGGGGCGGGGCCCGCGCACACAGCGGCGGCAAGAUGGCGUCUACGGCGGCCGGGAAGCAGCGCAUCCCCAAAGUGGCGAAGGUGAAAAACAAAGCACCCGCCGAAGUUCAAAUCACAGCGGAGCAGCUUCUGCGAGAGGCAAAGGAGAGGGAGCUCGAGCUUCUGCCACCGCCUCCGCAGCAGAAGAUCACAGAUGUUGAAGAGCUAAACGACUAUAAACUCCGGAAGAGGAAGACUUUUGAAGAUAACAUAAGAAAGAACAGGACUGUUAUCAGUAACUGGAUAAAGUACGCACAAUGGGAGGAAAGCUUGAAGGAAAUCCAGAGAGCCCGUUCCAUUUACGAGCGUGCCCUGGACGUGGACUACAGGAACGUCACGCUCUGGCUGAAAUAUGCCGAGAUGGAGAUGAAGAACCGCCAGGUCAACCACGCCCGGAACAUCUGGGACCGGGCCAUCACCACCCUGCCCAGGGUGAACCAGUUCUGGUACAAGUACACCUACAUGGAGGAGAUGCUGGGCAACGUUGCUGGCUCACGCCAGGUGUUUGAGCGGUGGAUGGAGUGGCAGCCAGAGGAGCAAGCCUGGCAUUCCUACAUUAACUUUGAGCUGAGAUACAAGGAGGUGGACAGAGCACGGAGCAUUUACGAGAGAUUCGUGCUGGUUCACCCCGAGGUGAAGAACUGGAUCAAGUACGCUCGCUUCGAGGAGAAGCACAGCUACUUUGCCCACGCCAGGAAGGUGUACGAGAGGGCGGUGGAGUUCUUCGGGGAGGAGCACAUGGAUGAGCACCUGUACGUGGCUUUCGCCAAGUUUGAGGAGAACCAGAAAGAGUUUGAAAGAGUGAGGGUUAUCUACAAAUACGCCUUGGAUAGAAUUCCAAAGCAGGAUGCCCAGAAUCUCUUCAAGAAUUACACCAUCUUUGAGAAGAAGUUUGGAGACCGGAGAGGAAUCGAGGACAUCAUUGUCAGCAAGAGGAGAUUCCAGUACGAGGAGGAGGUGAAGGCAAACCCCCACAACUACGACGCGUGGUUCGACUAUCUGCGGCUGGUGGAGAGCGACACUGACGCCGAGACCGUGCGGGAGGUGUACGAGAGAGCCAUCGCCAACGUGCCCCCCAUCCAGGAGAAGCGCCACUGGAAGAGGUACAUCUACCUCUGGAUUAACUAUGCACUCUAUGAGGAGCUGGAGGCAAAGGAUGCAGAGAGAACCAGGCAGGUGUACCAGGCAUGCCUUGAGCUCCUGCCCCACAAGAAGUUUACAUUUGCCAAAAUGUGGCUGCUGUAUGCACAGUUUGAAAUUCGCCAGAAAAACCUCCCCCUUGCCAGAAGGGCUUUGGGGACAUCCAUAGGUAAAUGUCCAAAAAACAAACUGUUUAAAGGUUACAUUGAGCUGGAGCUACAGCUGCGUGAGUUUGACCGUUGCCGGAAGCUGUAUGAGAAAUUCCUGGAGUUUGCUCCAGAAAACUGCACGUCCUGGAUCAAGUUUGCUGAGCUGGAGACCAUCCUGGGGGACAUCGACCGCGCCCGCGCCAUCUACGAGCUGGCUAUCGGCCAGCCGCGGCUGGACAUGCCCGAGGUGCUUUGGAAAUCCUACAUUGACUUUGAGAUUGAGCAGGAGGAGUACGAGAAGACCAGGAACCUUUACCGGCGGCUGCUGCAGCGCACACAGCACGUCAAGGUGUGGAUCAGCCUGGCGCAGUUCGAGCUGGCGGCGGGGCGCGAGGAGCGGCUGCCGCGCUGCCGCCAGGUCUACGAGGAGGCCAACAAGGCCAUGCGCGGCUGCGAGGAGAAGGAGGAGAGGGUCAUGCUGCUCGAGUCCUGGAGGAGCUUCGAGGACGAGUUCGGCACCGAUGCCACCAAGGAGAGGAUAGAUAAACUGAUGCCUGAGAAGAUAAAGAAGAGGAGGAAGCUGCAGGCCGAAGAUGGGUCUGAUGCUGGAUGGGAGGAGUACUAUGAUUAUAUUUUCCCAGAGGACACUGCCAAUCAGCCCAACCUCAAACUCCUGGCCAUGGCAAAGCUCUGGAAGAAGCAGCAGCAGCAGGAGAGCGAAGCUGCGGCCGUGGAUCCUGACAAGGACAUUGAUGAAAGCCAGACCUAAUGCCUUGCCUCUUCCCAUCCCUUCCCUGGGCCAUUGUACAGUAUUUUCCUUGGUGAUAAAUGAAUGUGUUUGGAGAGUUUUGGCAUUACUGAUGUGAGAUGGAUUUGGUGAGCCGCCUCGGGGUCGAUUCCCUUGAACAGUCCUGUGGGUGUCCAUCACCUAAAGGAGAGGUCCUGGGAGCAGUGCAGGGGUCUGCAGCUGUCACCAGGGACAGGAAAACGGGGAGAACUGGCUGCUGAGUUCACUUUUACCACAGGUCCAAGGCUCCCCCAGCCUACCCCAGCACUGCUCAAGGGCAUUCGUGUGCCAGGGCAGCAGACCUGCUGUCAGUGAGAGAGGUCUCCAGCCAUCAUCCCUGGUGAAUUUUCCAGUAAUUCUCUUAAAUAUAAGGGUAGGAGAGUAGUUGGAAACAAAAAACUGUUGACCACAACCUGGUCAACUUCCUGUGCAAGGAUACUUUUAUCCCAGAAAGCUCCUAGACACUGCUAGGAGUUCAAUACAGUGAGAGUAGGGCCUAGAGGACAAAGCUGUAGACAUCAGUAGCACACACUCAGUCAGUGUUUGAGCACUUCCAUGUCCUGGCAGACACCAGCAGGGCUGUGGCACUGCUCUGGGCUGGGCACCACUCUGGCCAGAGCAGCCUUUUCCUGCCCCAGCUGAGCCUGCAGGAACAUGUGCCUCUCCUCCCCUGGCCGCUCAUCCCUGAGUGUUUCUGCUGACCUGCACCCCACUGGGCUGUAAAUCUCAUUUCUACUCUCCUCCUUUCAGUCCCUUGGUGCUCUGUGCCUCGCUGCUUUUCACACUUUCUUUUGAUGUUUCCCUCUCUCCUACUCCCUAUCUCUGUUUCUCCAUUUCAUUUCAUUCUAUUCAAUUAAAUUUCAUUCAAUUUAA